AGCACCAACUUCUGUAUAUAUUUGGUUCCCGCCUUCAGGCUUACACCAUCGUAGUUACUGAGUAUUCCUCACGAAAAAUAACUGAAUUUCGGAGAGAAUGAUGGAUUUUUUCCGGCGUAAAGCCGGUGGCUCCUCCCGGUCUCAAAGCCCCGCUCCGCGGCCCGGCCAACAACCGCCCAUUAACUACGGACCACCGAAUGCGACGAGCUAUUCCUCUAGUCAGCCGCCCCCGCCGGGAAGUUACUCCUCUUCGCAGCCACCACCCGGCGCUUACGGUGGGCCGCCCCAGCCUGGCGGUGCUCCACCUCCGAUGGGAGGCCCACCUCCUGGAGGCCCACACGGUCCGCCUCCGGGUGGACCGAUGGGCAGCGGCAUGAUGAACAAUUCUGCUCCUCCACCUGCAACCUCCUCGUGGGGGUCCUUACCACCCGCGCACCAAGGGCCACCCGGUGGUGGACUACCACCUGGUCAGCAGGAGCAAGGAAUGAUGUCACAAUCAGCUCCGCCAAUGAACCAGAACGACUACUACUCCGCAGGAGGUUACCAACAGGAACCGAUGCAUCAGCAGCCAAGUAGACCUCCCCCGACACAACACGGAGGACCGGGCGGGACGCAUCUCGGUAGUAUGAGUAACAACAACAAUUCUGUGAACAAUGUGGGCAGCUCGCUGCCGCCGAACGCCGCCCCGAUGGCGAGCUUCGCGAAUUUCGCACCGGGGGACUUUGAGGUAGACGUCGAGCAGCAGCAACAUCCACAAGCAGCGAGAGGCGUUCCGGUUCCCGCAAGACAGGACCAGAGCAUGACAGGCGGGAACGGAGGCACUGGUGGGCCACCAGUGCCGGGUGGGGCGUUUUACGACGAUAGGCCGUCCUCUCAGCUCGGUGGUGUUGACCAAAACAGGUCUCGACCGAGUGGCCCUCCACCCCGUCGGGACAAUGACGUUUUGUCGUCAAACACGAAUGAAGAAGGAGGAAUGGUAUAAUUAUUUUUUUGGUUUUGGCACUGUAUGACAUUGACACCACAAAGACUUUGAUAAAUUGUCGCUCAUGGUCUAUCUGUACAAAAUCUUCCUGAAGAACAUUUAUGAAUUGCCGAAAUAUUUUAUUAAAAUCAGGUCCCCACCGAAACCGAAGUUGACCGCAUCAUCUCUAUGCUUCCAGAGUCCGAACUGGACGGUGUCACACUGCUUUCUUCCAUCGAGCAGGCAGUCCUGAACUCCCUCGAGCAGGGCAACUACGACCGAGUUGAGAAACUUUCCGCAAUGUCCCACCGACUCUCCAAUGCCAUGAAGGAAGCGGCGAGCGGAAACCCGGUGUCGCAGCAAAACCGCACCGCCGCAAACGCAGCGGGGUUCAGUUUGCACGAAAACUCGGCGUCGCAGGACCAGAUGGACAACGUGAGUUUUGGGUUUCCGGACCUAGGAGGCGAUAUGAGCCGUGGUGGCAGUGGACCCGGCCCGGCAUCUUCCUCCUCGCGUGGCGGGAGUAAGUCGAAAGAUAACGCGAAUCUUCAAAAUGCAGGACCAGGAGACGAUCGCAACAUGGAUUUCGGCGACGAGCUCGGCAACAUCGGUUUUCCCGAUGUGGUUUCUGAUCAGCCACCAUCCGACCGCGAGAGAAGGAACAAGGAUAGAACCUCCUCGAGUGUUAAACCGGGGAAAUCACCGAAAAAGAAAAAGAAGAAAAAAGCGAGUUUCGAAGAUCAGGACAAUAACGUGGGUGAUACAACUUUUGAGCAAAGCCAAAACCCAACCGUGACCGGGUUUCCAACUGCUUUUGAAGAUGUGCAAGGUCCUGGGAUGACUAAAUCGGGACCAAGUAAAUCCUCCAAAUCUACUACUUCCCAACAAGAGGCUGUUGCUCAGAAGUCGAGCAGCAAAGAGUUCCCCACGACUUUCUUUGACAUGACCAGCGAUGCCGGGACUAUCGAGCCACUGAAUCUCAACAACACGGAUGAAGAGCGCGCGGACGCGAGCGGCUCGAAGGACGGGGGGAGCGGGGAUAAGACCUUGCAGCCCAUUGACGAAGAAGAAGCGGUCGUUUUUGAGUUUCCGACCCAGCACCACAGGAACAAUCAUCCGACUGAUGGCCGCCCCUCUUCGAAGGAACAGGGGCCCAAUAUCGGAGAUCUGAUCGACCAGAUGAUGGACGGCAUCCUCACACGGGACAGCACAGCGACCACUGCAUCAACAAGAACAGCAGGCGGUCCUCAGGACAAGACCUCCGAGGGGGGGCGAAGCACUACCGCAACGAUAGCGCCAUUGAACGCGGAAGCAGCUGCAAUAUCCGAUCCGACAGGAGCCACUCUCGCAGUUCCACAGACUCCUUCUUUUGGUCUACCGCUGCAGGCAGGAACCGCACUCAGUGAUGUUGCCCAAGCAACUGUGCCUGCGACACCUAGCGCGGCCGGUGUAGUUCCGACAUCUGGCGGUCUUCUCGGCGGUACUGCAGGAACAAUACAACCGCCCUUGCACGCGCAGGAGCAACCACUGUCGCAGUUCCACCUACAGCAGAUACAGAUGCAGCAAGCGGCCCAGCAGCAGCAACAGCAGCUUUACCCGCCCCCUGCUGCAUCUGGCUCCGGUAGUCCAGCACCUUCUGUCAUGCAACUCCCGCCCGCGUUGCUUCAACACCAAAGCCAAGAUCUCCUCGCCCAACCUCCAGAGCCCUCCACCCCCUCGGUCAAUUCCUUCGAUCUCCGGUGGCACCCGGACGCGCUGCUCCAUUGGGAACGGAAGGAAAAGCAGUACAAGCAGAAAAUUGAGGAGCAAGCCAAACAGAUCACCAACGAGCAGCACAACGUGAAGGCGAUUUUGUCGCAGUUGCAAUUUUCCUCGUCCCAAAUGACGAAAACAAAAGAGAAGUACGAACAGACGAUCAAGCUCUGGCAGCAGCAAUUCUACGACUUGGCCGAAAAGUUCGCAGAGUUGCAGCAGAACCACGCGACCUUGCAGAAGGAAUUUAAAGAAAACGAGGAAAAAGCGACCGUUCGGGAGAAGACCCUGUCGGAUACGAGGGAGCGGUUGUUUUCUGAAAAGGCGAAAGUGGCAAACAUGAUGGACGAAGUGGAAGAAAAGCGGUUGCUCUACGACACAUUGCAGAGGUAUCCACAGAAAAAAACCCAUCCACAUCCAAUUUGUCAUGCAAAAAACGUAUCAAGUCAUGUGUUUGUCAUGCAAAAAAUGAAUGUGGAUGGGUGUUUUUUCCUGCAUAAGAGGAGGCUGUUGGAUUCGAAAAAAUCCCACAAGUCUGCGGAACAGGAACUGAGAGAACUGCACCAUAUUCUGGACACGACGAAAACAGCCGUCGUUGGGGGGAAGGUAUUUUGAAAUUUGUACUUCAUCUUCGCACUCAAUAUUUUGUAUCGGUUCAACAUCGCUUUUGGUUUUAUUGACGUGAGUGACCUAGUAACCGAAUGAAGCGCUCGCCCUGUUCAUUUCAAAAAACUCUAUGUAUAAAUAUGUACGAAGCGACUACUUAAAAUAAGGUCACCGUCGAGCGCGGCACUUCUUCCUCUUCCACCUACCGCGACGUGUGCUCGCCUGUCAUGGCGGAUCGUGACGAUGAGCUGGCGGCCGCGGAGAAGGGGCCGGCAAACGCAAACAAAACUGUGAAAGCUUUGAUAUGGCGUUCUCAACUGUUACAUUCUCAAGUGUUACAUGGAUUUGUCAUGCAAGAAUGGGAGAAGUGAAAGGGGGGAGGUUGCAUCUGUAGCAUUACAAAUUCCGAACAGAUUUGGGCGCUGUUUAGCCAUUCGCACAUUUGUCAUGCGAAGCAGCUUGAUCGUGUGGAUCUUGAUGAUCAUUUUGCAUGACAAAUCAUGUAACAGUUGAGAAUGUAACGUUUGAGAACGCCAUACUUGAAGCGGUUACCACUGCCGGAGAAAUUCUGUCCUGUGAUUCUGGAUGCGAAGGGGAUGGACGCUGGUGGUACUUGGUUCUUUGGUGAUGUCAAUGGGAUGUUGCUGUGUGUAUUAUGGUAUGCGCUUUUGUUUUCUCGGGCUGGUAAAAAUAUUGUCAAGUUCAUUGUUUAUGGCUCACUAGUACCUCGGCGUCCCGUAAUAUCCUCCCAUUGCCUUUGCCAUAGCCAUGGUCGGACGAUGAAUGCUCCGAAAAAAAACAGGUAUUUCAGUCCCGCCCCACGACCCAGCUGCACCACAACACUCUUCCUCGUCUACCGCAGCGUCAUCCGAAGCACCACAAGUCGUGGUCUCCCCAGAGCUAACCGCGACCCUGACGGAGCACUACAGGAAUUUGGCAGUCCACGGCACCGGGCCGGUUUUUGAAGAUCCAAACAUUCUCGUUUCCGUCGCGAGUAUCGAGCCGGAUAACAUCAUAUCAACGGGAAACAAUUUUCCGUUCCCGUACACGUACGGUGCAAAUGCUGUUAUUUCUGCAUGACAAACUUUUCCUUGAAUUCUCUUCCGCAUGACAAGUCGCUUCUUCUAAGUUCUUGGUGAAAUUUUUGAUGCAUUCUGCACAUGUGCGGGAAAUUUGUAUUGCAUACAUCACCUUCCACGUGCUGAACAAGGGCAACAUGCCGGCGGAUGUGCUGGAUUUCGAGCUCGCGCUAGUCGGGAGUAGUGGAAACAGGGUUUUGCUGGCGCAGAAAGAGGCCGAGGAGAAGAGCGCGAGCAGACAAUACGGGUCCUUGUCCCCUUCCAAGCGUUCCCGGUCGCCGGCGAGAAUUACAAAUAGUUCGAAUCGGCCAGGGGAUCAAAUGGAUAAUUCCUACGAGGAUUUGUCUGGAUUCUUGAAGCACAGCAAGCCGGUGAAAGGCGUUUUGAUGACCGCGAAGACGGAGCCCAAGGAGAUACAAGCAGCCAGCACAUCAAAAUCCCCGUCUUCGAGUCGGAAUCUCGAUACAACAAAACCCUUCUGGUCCGGCAGACAGUCCCAGUCGGUUCCGAAAACGGUGCAACGAACCGGGCUCGGGCAGCUACCAGGCGAGCGGCACCGGGCGACAGCGUUGCGCUUGCCCAGCAUUUGGCCGAAAAACGCGCAAACCUGCGAAGUGCGGUUGAUGAACUAUAAUCAGCAAGGAAUAGACGUGUCAGAAGGCGGGAAUUCACAUGCAGCAGGACAAGCAACGGAGCAGGCCGGGGGUAAAAACAGCAGCUCCUCCUCGUCCAGCACUUCCCACCCGACAACUUCAGCAGCCAACAACAACACCCUGAACCUCCUCGAUUCGAUGCUGUACGAGGACGCGCCAAUUCUAGAACUCUGGUACAGUUCCGGUUCCUCGGAAAACCUGACAAACUACUUCGCGAUCCGUUUCCCCCUCCACGCCAUUGUCCGGAAGUGCAAUCUAUGCAUUGCAAAAGUACUAUCGCACUAGAGUGGAAAUGGAAUGAUAAAUUUGCGCAAGUAGAAGAAAUAAAGUCGAAUUUGUCACGCUGAUUAAACUGGAUAAAAGAUUAUAUUGUCAUGCAUGGCUGCAUAAUUGCUCCUUCUGCAAGUGCGAUAGUACUUUUGCAGAUGAUACAAUCUGCGACCGUUGUCUCUGAUAAACCACGCCGCCUUCUUCGAGCGUUGGAUGCAGAAGGAAUUCCUGGAGAACGAAGUUUGUUUCGUCUCCAGGGCGAGGAAGGUGUUCUCGAAAGACAAAAAUGGAAUGCUGCAUUUUCUUAAAUGCUGUCAAUUGGGGGACAGGUUACGGGCGUUGCCGCACUUGCAGUCGGACGGGGAAGUGGUUGCGACGAACAAGCCAACCUCGAGCGAAAGUAGCAGAAGUCAGUUGCCACGAGCUACUGCUGCCUCCUACAAGCUUCUCCUAGCCGCCGUCGUCCGACGGGCGACCGUCUCUCCGGAGGUUUUAGUGCAGGCAGAGAUCGUGGACCAGAAUGUGUUUGUCACGGUUCGGUCCACGCAAAUUGCGGUGUCACGAGCAAUGAGCGCAGCUUUGGUGGACGUUUUAGCGGAUGAAGGUUCAGUCAACGCCGGCGUUGCGGUCGCGGGGCAGGAAAUGGUAAUCGCGACCGAGAAGCAAAAUGCCGCUGCAGCAACGUCUAGUUCUCCGAAUCGCAGAAGUAAAGCAAACCAGCACAACAUCCAACAAGGCCCCAUUCCGGGCCGGCAGCCACCGCCUUCCGCGACCGAGAUCAAGGAGAAGGAAGAAGCGGAGCAACUUCUGAAGAAGAAAGAGACUUAUCUGUUUGACGCAGAGAAGUUGGAAGACGCUUUUGCACUCGAACCCACACCCACACUGGAGAAGUUGACGAAGGUCAGCGAGGCGAAUCAUGGGCAGGAACCGCUGCCGGCUUUCUACAACGAAAAUGGCGAGUUGGAAAAUAACGGGAAAAGCUUAGAGGAAAUCCGGUCGAAGUUCACGCGGACCCGGUGCGAAACGCUUUUGGAGCAGAUUAAGAGGCGGCAGCGGAGCUACGUGAUCGACAAACUCACAGGGACCGGGGGGAUGCAGUUUUGA